AUGGAGUCUGAAAACCUUAAAAUUCAAAAGUCCAUUAUUUUCGGGUACUCGACCGAAGUUUCGUCCGACUUGUCCGACCAAUCUCAAGCAGAACCACCCCCUAGAAACAUUACAGGCAGGAUGAUGACUACACCUACACCACCACAAAUCACCGCCGUAUCAGCACCCGGCAAAGUCUUCUUAGCAGGAGGUUAUCUAGUGCUCGAUCGUGAAUAUACCGCUUUAGUCUUUGGUCUUAGUGCGCGCAUUCACGUGUUGGUUCAAGAUAUCGAUACGAGUACUGGUGUUCAGCUAUCUGAGAUUAUUGUGAAGAGUCCUCAAUUUCGUGAGGCGGCUUGGAAUUAUGGUUAUCAUUUGACGAAGGAUGAUGGGGGUAUUGAAGUUACACAGUUACAUGGCUCUCCCACCGCAACCCCAUCUCGAAAUCCAUUCGUAGAAACCGCCUUACUCUACGCUCUAACCUACAUAUCCUCGCUCCUCCCCAUCAGCACCACCAUAAAACCCACCACCAUCACCAUCCUCGCCGAUAAAGACUACUACUCCAACCCCUCCAGCACCUCUAUCGCCAACGAUGCACACCACCAAUUUCUCGAUUUCGGCGUGCGCCUCCAAGACGCGCAUAAGACCGGUCUCGGCUCCUCCGCCGCCCUCGUAACCGCCUUCACAGGCGCAAUCCUCACCCACUAUCUUCCCCCUUCCAAAUUCUCCCUCGACACUCCAAACGGCAAAUCUCAACUGCACAACCUAGCCCAAGCAGCCCAUUGCGCCGCCCAAGGAAAAGUCGGCUCCGGCUUCGAUAUCGCCACCGCCGUCUACGGCACCUCACUCUACCGACGCUUCUCCCCCUCCCUCCUCUCCUCCCUCGGCGAACCCGGUUCUCCGGGAUUCUCCACCCGCGUCAAGUGCUCGGUUCAGGACACCGCUUCUCCCAAAUGGGACGCGCAGAUCGAGAGUGGGAAAAUUAGCAUUCCGCAGGGCAUGGCACUCGUGAUGUGCGACGUGGAUUGCGGCUCUCAAACCGUUGGGAUGGUGAAGUCAGUUCUCGAAUGGAGGGCACGCGAGCCCGUGGUUUCGAAAAAACUCUGGGAUGAACUGCAGACGCGAAAUGAAAAAUUAGCCACCAUUCUGUCCUCGGGGGAUAUAGCUGCUGCGGGUAAUGCAUUCUCAGCCAUCCGGGAAAAAAUCAGAGAAAUGGGUAAGUUAUCAGGAGUCCCCAUUGAACCGGAAGAACAAACUAAACUGCUGGAUGCGGUAACGGAGAAUGUCGAGGGGGUGGUCGGGGGCGUGGUACCGGGUGCGGGCGGCUAUGAUGCGAUUGUGCUGUUGGUGAGAGAUGAUGAGGAAACGAUGGAGGGGAUCAAGAGAUUUUUAAGGGAGUGGAGUAGAGAGCAGGGGAGCAAUGUUAAGUUGUUGGGGGUUAAGGGGGAGAUGGAGGGGGCGAGGAGGGAGGAGGGGGGCUUGUAUGGGAGGUUGCUUGUGUAG